CCCCUUUAUGCAGGAGAUGGAACUAAAUGAGGAACCGAGAUGAUCAUCCGAGUGUUCAAAUGACUCACAUCAAUUAUUUUACAACCAACAGGGACGUCUCACGCGACUAGUUUGAAAUCUUACGUCGAGUCACUCGCUCACACGCGAAACGAUGGAGGAGUUUAACUACAGUCUCGCUAAUUUGCCUGUAGAAGUGCUCGACAGGCUGGCCACGAUGUUGGACAACUCCACCUGCGGAUGGAGGCAGCUGGCCCAAGCUGUUUCUGAAGAGCCGAAAUUCCGCUGCAGUGAAAGGGAUGUGACCAGUUGCUCGCUCCAGGUGCUGAGUGCGACAGGAAGCCCGGGACGUAGCUUCUUAGAUCUGCUGGUCGAGCGAGCUUGUUCUAUGCUGUUUCUGCUACAGUGUUUGAGGAAGAUUGAUCACCGGGAGGCUGUGCAGCUCCUCACCGUUAUGGUUUCUCCUUGUAAAACAGCAACAGAGCUGAUCCGGGUCACAGUACAGCCUAGCUCCCAGCGGGCGACACUGGGCAGCCAGGUAGUGUUGACAUGUAAGGCCUCUGGCCCUCCUGGACUAAGUUACCAGUGGUUCAAAGGCAAAGAGGAGAUUUUGGAAGCAACUGGACACACACCUGAGCUCAUUGUGUGUCCUUUGGGCCCCGAGCACCAGGGUAGCUACAUCUGUCGGGUUAACCAUGGAAACGCAUGCGUCUUCUCCCAGUGGGCUCAGGUGCGCUUGGUUCAACCUUCACCUGGCAUAAGUCCAGGAUGUAGCAGCAGCAUCUUUUCAGGGUCAUCCAGUGGGGUGCAUAUAAUCUACCAACCAAAGUCCCAAGUGGCGUCUGAGGGUGACGCGCUACUCCUGGAGUGCACUGCCGUGGCCAAUCCUCCUGCCCAGUGCCAGUGGUACCACAACUCGGCUCCAAUGCCACAAAGCAAGGCUUGUCUUCUCAAAAUCCCGUGUGUGACUACAGCACAUAGAGGGCAAUACAGAUGCAAGGUGUUCAACUUGUAUCACGAGGUGUGGAGUGAGCCUGCUACUGUCACCAUUGCAGGCCCAACUUCCAUCACUGAUCCCUCCUGGGUAGCAGUUGACCGCGGCCUAGAAUCCCAGGAAGUGGAUAGGCCUAUCAUCAGUGCAGGAGUAUGUCCACAGAUGACCAAUCCACCACCAUUAUCAAAGCAGUUCUAUGACACCUCCAGUGACUUCAAAGUGACUACCACAGACAAAGUGGCUCUCCUGAUCGGCAACUUGAACUACCGCUACCACACUCAGCUGUCCGCUCCCAUGGCCGACGUCCACGAGUUGAGCAACCUCCUCAGGCAAAUGGACUUCAAGGUGGUCUCUCUGCUGGACCUCAACUGGCAGGAAAUGCACAGCGCCGUCACCGAGUUCCUGCUGCUCCUCGGCAAAGGAGUUUACGGCUUGCUCUACUUUGCCGGUCACGGUUAUGAGAACUAUGGCAACAGUUUCAUGGUGCCCAUCGAUGCGCCAGCCUCGUACACAUCAGAGCACUGCUUGUGUGUGCAGAAUAUACUAACCAGGAUGCAGGAGAAAGAGACCGGACUCAACGUGUUCCUGCUGGACAUGUGCCGGAAAAGAAACCCAAACGACGAAGUUGCCGUCCAACCCGGACUGUUGAAGGUGACAGCAAAUAUAGUGUUUGGAUACGCCACAUGUGUCGAUGCCGAGGCUUACGAAGUGAGGAGGGAAGGUGUGUCCAACGGCAUCUUCAUAAGCUUCCUUAAGCGGCGGGUUUGCGAGGAUGAGAAGGUCACGGUCAUGCUGGACAGGGUAGCAGAAGACAUGGGUCGCUUUGAAAUCACGCGUGGGAGGCAGGCUCUGGAGCUCCGCAGUAAUCUGUCCGAGCGGCGUUCCCUCACUGACCUUAUUCAGACAUCGGACUGCUCUGUGGCAUAUUCGACUCGUAACCUACAGUGGGCUGUAGCUCAUGUUCUGCCGAAGAGCCAUUUCAUCCAAUUUGACUGCGGUGUGAAGGUCCAACUAGGAUUUGCUGCUGAAUUCUCCAACAUUAUGGUCAUCUACACACGCAUACUGGACAAGCCCAAAGAAAUUCCGACAUGCUCUGCUCAGCUUACUGACUUUCCUGAGGAUGUGGAUAUUGACCUGAAGAAGAGCAAUCAGGAAACUCUGCUCGAAGCUGGCAGUUUAUUAUUAAUCAAAGAACAACUUCCUUCACCCGAACUCCCCAGUCUGUACACUCGCAUUCGCAGCCUGCAGAGACUCAAAAUGGAGCUCACAUUUGCCGUCUGUCUCCGAUACACUUACGUCAACUUGGAGGAUGAAGUGGAGGAAAGGCGAAAUGUUACAGUCGGCAAACCGCUGGUGUCCAAACUGAAUCUCCGUCAACUGCGACCGAACUCAGAUUCGUCAUCCCUCAGCCUGGACACGUGCACUAUCGCUGAGGUGUCCUCCUUCUCCGAGGACUUUGCCCCAUUGGCCUCCGACACGUGGUCACUAUUUGCACCUGCUAAUGCAGACAAAUGUCAGGACAAAAUGAAUUACCAUUCCUACUAAGCCUUAGCAAAUUAUGGAGAAAAAGUGUGACAUUUCAUAAAAAAAGAACUUAAGUGUCAAGUUUUUUAUUUCAUCUAUACAUUACAAUACUGUGCAAACAUACCUACCACUAGCUUUAUUUUUUAUAAUGAACCAUUAUCACAGCAUUUAUUUUGGCAUUGUAAACCAGUAACUAUUGGACAAAUUGGCAGAUUACACACAAAAUAGACUGUAAAAAAUAAAAUCCAAUAGAGAUUAAAUAUCUCAAAUCAAACAUUUCAAACAUCUUUACCCCGAAAAAUCUUGAUAAGGUAUUACAACGAGUUUUGUUAGUAGUUAUGAUUACAUUUAUCGUCAAAUUAGAAAUACCACAAUUCAAUAAGUGUAGGUGGUAUGCAAACAAUCACUAUUGUUAGUGGGUUUUUUUUAGGCUGCUUUGUUUACUUGUGUUAAGAAAUCUUGACAAUUCAAAUUUCCCUGUUUUUUUCUACACGUAUUUUUUUUCUUAAAUUAAACGCCUUGCCCAGGGACACAACGACGCCAUGCGCUCGGGCGGGGAUACAAACCGGCGCCCUUCCGGUAGCGUAGUAGUACACUACACUCUUGAGUGACGUUAGGAUUUUGAGAGGUAAACAGCCCCCGUAAAGUGUCUGGCACAAAAAAAAUGAUAACCCCUGACCUUGUAUAUUACAGUUUUUUAUGAUAAUA